CAAUGUGUCUCUUUAGAUGUGGCUGAAACGUUGGGGAAGAGCUGACCCAGGGUAAAGGGUGCUGACGUCAUGCCCAUGUGACAGGGAGGGGGUAUAUAAAGUGAGGGAGGAGGUGGAGAGCUGUAGUAACACAUUGAGCUUGCUGUGAGGAGCUGCUGCUGUUGGGUUUUUCUCUUGGCCCCCCUAACAAUCCCCCCCUUUACCCCACAGGUGGAGAAUUGCACCUGGAAUGGGGGAAGGGUGCAGAAGAAGGGAUGAAGCUGGCACAGAUUGUUCCUGGUGAAUAUUGAUACAAUUUGUUCCAUUUCUCUAGAAAGUGGAAGAAGUCGUUUUUCACCUCUUGAGCUCAGCCUGUGCUGUGGGAGAGGGAGCCCAUUCAGCCUUGCUCCACUAGGGGGGUCCUGGAGUUUUGGAUUGGGGAGUAGCAGGGGGACUUCCUGCUCUCAUUACAAUGACUCUGGGAACCGACAUGUCUGAUAACUCCAUGCUUUCUGAAGACACCGACAUUGACGUGGUCGGUGAUCUGAGCAGCGUGAAGGAUGGUAAAUACUCCGACUAUAACUCUGACAACGAUUCGGACGAUCAUGCCUCCAGGAACCUGCGAGGGGACGCUGCGUCCCCAGAUCUGUCCUCGGGCUCAGAUUCCCACCAGAGAGAGGGCGAGAAGAACCCCAAAAACACGCUGGUGAAGCCCCCUUAUUCUUACAUUGCCCUGAUCACAAUGGCCAUCCUGCAGAGCCCCAAAAAGAGGCUGACCCUCAGCGAGAUCUGUGAAUUCAUCAGCAACCGCUUCCCCUAUUACAGGGAGAAGUUCCCAGCCUGGCAGAACUCCAUCAGACACAACCUCUCCCUCAAUGACUGCUUUGUCAAGAUCCCCAGGGAGCCAGGCAACCCUGGCAAGGGCAACUACUGGACCCUGGACCCUGAGUCUGCAGACAUGUUCGACAAUGGGAGCUUCCUCAGGAGAAGGAAGAGGUUCAAGAGACAGCAGAGUGCUGAGAUCCUGAGGGACCCCAGCAGCUUCAUGCCAGCUUUUGGAUAUGGACCUUAUGGCUACAACUAUGGACUCCAGAUGCAGAGCUAUCAUCCGCAUCAUGGGAACCCCUUCUCCUCUUUCCCAGCACCCCCUUGCCCCAUCCCAGCCACAGCCACUGUGUUCUCCAGCCCAGCCCCAGGUAUACCCCCUUACCUUGGCAAUGAACUGACCAGGAAGUCCUUCUACUCUCACCUCAGCCCCCCUAUACCUUUGCUACAGUCCUUAAAGACAGAUGGACAGAGUCGACCUUCCUUUUCAAUAGACAAUAUCAUAGGAGGGUCUGCCCCAUCCAAUAGCCCCACUUCACCCUACACAACCCAGUCAGGGGGACAGCCAUCAGUCAUUGCAAUGUUAACCCCUUCACUGACUCCCAUGCAGAACCAUUUAAACCUGGCCCAUGAAAACCUCUUGCAAUCCGGACAGAACUUUUCCAGUAAAAUAGCAAAUCUUAACAGCUGUCAUUUUUAAACAAUACAAAAAAAAAAAAAAAAAUGUGAAAAUAUCUCAACCUGUGUAUUUAAGGUAGGAAUUAAUUUUAAUAUGGAACUUUUGACGUCACCAACAAACCCUCCUGUUCUCCCUCUCCCAAUUCUGUUUUUAUUUAUGAAAAUAUGUAAAUAUUGCUAGCUGUAUAACUUCUUAUUUUUAUUUUAUUUUCUUCUCACUUUUAGAUAAAUUUAUAGGGUCGUUGAACCUCUGUUUUUAAAUUAAUUUUCAAUAGUUUUUACUAUGAAAGUAACUUAAUGGAGAGGAGACUGUACGAUAAACGCUUGUUAACUCUUAAACUAAAAGUGGCAUUUAUAUAAAUAUUUUUUUUCACCACCCUGGUGUUUAAAAUGUUAAAUCCACUGCAUCUAACGUACUUUAAAUCCACUCUGUUCUGUGCUUAAAACUCCCUCUCUUAAACUGUCAUGAGUGGAAAAGCACUUAUAAAAUCGAUCUGUUACCAAACACGAAUAUUAAACUUCGGAUUCUAAAAUCGAAUUUUAAAGGGCUUCAUUUUCCUUUAAUUGCUACAGAUAAGAUAAGUAGCCCUCCAGUCUCUUAGUUCUCUAUAAAUGUCCAAACCCUUAUAAUUUUAUUUUAACCCUAUAUGGUGAAAUGUGUAUGUAAUUAUAUGUAUAUAAUGACAGGGAGGGCGUGUGGUAUAUCCUCUCCCCUUAUCACAUCAUCCUGUGUAAUGUAAAUAUUUAGUUUAUUAUUUUUGUGUUUAAAUUUUAUUGAUUUUUGGAUGUGUGAAUAAUUGGUCUAUGAGGGGGAAUAAAACACAAUUGUCCAGCCUUUGGGGAAAAAAAUAAAUAAAUGUUUGAAAUCUAAAA